AUGGUACAUGCAAAUAUUAUACUCUAUGCAAGAAUUAACAAAGUGAUGAAUAUUGUUGUCCUGGUUCUAUCUGCUUUGGUUGUUGCUACGGCAGCAACCGAGCUCAUCACUGGGCGCUCCAGUCGCUGGGACCAGAUGAUCCAAGACCACGAGACAAGACACAAGAGACAAGCACGAGAGUGGCAGACAAUAUUUGAACCUUGCACACUUGGUGAUGUGACCCGGUUUGAUCAGCUUGGAAGACGUAAUUCUGGUCUUCUGGCUCCAGUGGGAAAUCAGGGAUGCUGUGGCAGCUGUUGGGCAUUUGCAGCAGCUCAUGCAGUGUCUGAUACAAGGAACCUAGCAGCUGGUAGACGAUUGGAUUUGCUAUCCGCUCAAUACACAGCUCGGUGUGCAACAAAUGAUACGCGUACGAGUGGAUACGGUUGUUGUGGAGAUGAUCCUGUGAAUGCUCUAAAACACUACCGACACACUGGGGUGGCUACAGACGUUUGUUUGCCAUAUAAUGAAUUAAGUUCUCUACCACCGACAGGCUAUACAGGAAACUACAAAGCAGCUAACCCUCUAACUUGUUUUUCAACUUGUGCAGAUGGAUCAGCCUUCGAUCCAAUAUCGAUUACAAUUGAUGACAUCAAUACUUUAAAAACUUACAAUGAAGGCACCAUUAUAAACGCUCUGAGCAAUGGACAUGUAGUGGUAACUCCGAUAGAGUUGAAUACAGACGUUUAUAGGUACAGGUGUGGUGUCUUGACACCUAGUGAUCCACCCUUGGAAAUACUUAAAUAUCACUCCGUUGUAAUUGUAGACUAUGGAACUACCGAUACUGGAACUAAUUUUUGGGUGAUUAAGAAUAGCUAUGGAAGCAAUCGUGGAGAGAGUGGGUACUACAGAGUGAGGAGAGGACAAGGAAUAUUUGGAAUUGGAAACUAUCACAUGCACAUUCCCCUACUCUCUCCAGAUUCAAUGUUACUGCCAUCAGACCCCACUACAGAGACACAAAAAACAUGCGCACUAGAGGCUGUUGCAAAUCCACAAAACAAUGACAUUACAAUGAGCGCUGUCGAAUUUGCGCUACAAGGUCUUGCUGACAAUCAGAGAGUGCAGUGUGGGUUCCCCCCCAAUGGAGAAGCAGCUACUGGUAUAAACUUGAUCUCUUUUAACAGUGCAGGUAUUCAAUUGGUGGCUGGCACUAUGGUGGAGUUGAUCGUAGAUGUGAGUCUCGAAGGAUGUGGAGCGAAUGUAACGAAAACUCUGGAUUUGACAGUGUUUAUCAAUCUCGACGGAACGUUCACCCUCACAGAUUAUAACACGGCUAAGAUUCUAACUGCCUCUAUGCUGCUAAUGUUUGCCAUGGUGAUGAUCAACCUCGUGAUCAACAAUUAAAAGCAAGAACUAUUGAAGUAGCUAUAGUUAUAAAACCCCCAAAUGUGUUUACCUAUAUAGGAGGUACAUAUAGGAUACAGUAGUUAUGACCCUAUAGCUUUGAUGUGAUCUUUUAUAAUUCCAUAUAUAUAUAUACGGAUUUUUUUAGAUAUAAAAAUACAGCACAUUA